GGACUCUCAUCCUCCUCUCCGUCUUUGACCUCCCCGAAUCUGUACUGAUAUCGUUGUACAGAGGCUCGGCUUCUCGUUGAAAUAAUCUAUCAUAUUCACAUCCUUACGGCCAAUCAAUCAUGUCUACAUCCGCCCGCCGCCGUCUCAUGCGGGACUUCAAGCGCAUGCAAACUGAUCCCCCAGCUGGCGUCUCUGCAUCCCCGGUGGCCGAUAAUGUGAUGACAUGGAAUGCCGUCAUCAUUGGCCCCGCCGACACCCCCUUCGAGGAUGGCACAUUCCGCUUGGUCAUGAACUUCGAGGAACAGUAUCCCAACAAGCCCCCUGGUGUUAAAUUCAUCAGCCAGAUGUUCCAUCCCAAUGUGUAUGGAACUGGUGAGCUCUGUCUGGAUAUUCUACAGAACCGCUGGAGUCCAACCUAUGACGUUGCUGCCAUCCUAACUAGUAUCCAAAGUCUUUUGAAUGAUCCCAACACUUCAUCUCCAGCCAACGUCGAGGCUUCGAACCUGUACAAAGACAACCGCAAAGAAUACACGAAGCGCGUGCGUGAGACUGUUGAGAAAAGCUGGGAUGAUUGAAAGGCUCAUGGGCCAAAAUGAGGCCGGUUAAUAUCCAGGGAUAUAGCACAACGGCUUGACCGUUUGAUCUGCACAGCGUGGGGUUUGGCGCUUGGUCUCCUUUACUCUUUUUCACUUCAUGUUCUCAUAGUUCGAGUCUCCCGGGCUCGAGGCCCAUGGUUGCGAGUAUAGUUUCAUAGUUGCAUUAGUGCAUUAGCCUGCUUUUCCUGCAACCCUCCAGAACUCACGCACAAGUCCCAAGGUUGUUGCAUGUCUAUAGAUAUUAAGCUUAUGCAUCCCGAGUCCGGGGCGGUCGGCCAAGAAAUCCCGA